CCGGCCGGAAGUGACGUGCGUGCUUGGCUGGCCGUGGAGUCGGCCGAAGCUGUCCGCGGCGGCUGAGCCAGCUGAGGGGAAAAUGGCUCGGACUGUGGCGGCUGCAGCGUCUCAGGUUGUGGUGGAGGCGGAGGCUCAGGCAGUGUGAGGUCUUGCUAUUUUGGAAGCUACAAGAAAAAUAGAUUAGGGAAAGGUUUGGUCUUUUUAGUGGACAUGGCUCAGAUAUCCAGCAACAAUGGAUUUAAACAAUGUUCAUCUUCACAUCUGGAACCAACAAGAACAAAAGAUGUGGACAAAGAAGAAGCAUUACAGAUGGAAGCAGAGGCUUUAGCAAAACUGCAAAAGGAUAGACAAGUGACUGACAAUCAGAGAGGCUUUGAGUUGUCAAGCAGCACCAGACAAAAAGCACAAGUUUAUAACAAACAGGAUUAUGAUCUCAUGGUGUUUCCUGAAUCAGAUUCCCAAAAAAGAGCAGUAGAUAUUGAUGUAGAAAAGCUUACCCAAGCUGAACUUGAGAAACUAUUGCUGGAUGACAAUUUUGAGACUACAAGAACACCUGUAUUGCCAGUUACUCCCGUUCUGAGCCCUUCGUUUUCAGCACAGCUCUAUCUGAGACCUACUAUUCAGAGAGGACAGUGGCCACCUGGAUUAUCUGGGCCUUCCACUUAUACUUUGCCUUCUAUUUAUCCUUCAACUUACACUAAACAGGCUGCAUUCCAGAAUGGCUUCAAUCCAAGAAUGCCUGCUUUUCCAUCUACAGAACCUAUAUAUUUAAGUCUUCCAGGACAGUCUUCAUAUUUUUCAUAUCCCUUGACACCCACCACACCCUUUCAUCCACAAGGAAGCUUACCUAUCUAUCGUCCAGUAGUCAGUCCUGACAUGGCAAAACUGUUUGACAAAAUAGCUAGUACAUCAGAAUUUUUAAAGAAUGGGAGAGCAAGGACUGAUUUGGAGAUAACAAAUUCAAAAACUACAGUCAGCAAUCUACAGGUAUCUCCAAACUCUGAGGAUAUCAGUAAGUUUGACUGGUUAGACCUGGAUCCACUAAGUAAGCCUAAGGUGGACAAUGUGGAAGUAUUAGACCACGAAGAAGAAAAAAGUGUUCCAAGUUUGCUAGUAGAGGAUCCUUGGGAUGCUGUUCUUCUUGAAGAGAGAUCACCAGCAAGUUUUCACCUUGAAAGAAAGGUGAAUGGAAAAUCCCUUUCUGGGGCAACUGUAACAAGAAGCCAGUCUUUAAAUAUUCCAACAACUCAGCUUACAAAAGUCCAGGGCCAAAUAUCUCAGAAAGACCCAAAUGGGACCAGUAGUUUGCCAACUGUAAGUUCUCUUCUACAAGAAAUCGAUGUACAGAACGAGGAGGUGGCAGCUUUUUGUCAAUCCAUUACAAAAUUGAAGACCAAAUUUCCAUAUACCAAUCAUUGCACAAAUCGAGGCUAUUUGUUAAGUCCAGUCACAGUGCAAAGAAGCAUAUGUGGAGAAAAUGCUAGUGUGAAAGUCUCCAUUGAAAUUGAAGGAUUUCAACUACCAGUUACUUUUACAUGUGAUGUGAGUUCUACUGUAGAAAUCAUUAUAAUGCAAGCCCUUUGCUGGGUACAUGAUGACUUGAAUCAAGUAGAUGUUGGCAGCUAUGUUCUGAAAGUUUGUGGUCAAGAGGAAGUGCUACAGAAUAACCAUUGUCUUGGAAGUCAUGAACAUAUUCAAAACUGUCGAAAAUGGGACACAGAGAUUAGACUACAACUCUUGACCUUCAGUGCCAUGUGCCAAAAUCUGGCCCGAAUAGCAGAAGAUGAUUCAACACCUGUGGAUUUGAACAAACACCUACAUCAAAUAGAAAAACCUUAUAAAGAAGUCAUAACAAGACACCCUGUUGAAGAACUCUUAGAUUCUUAUCACAACCAAGUGGAGUUGGCUCUUCAAAUUGAAAACCAGCACCGAGCAGUAGAUCAAGUAAUUAAAGCUGUAAGAAAAAUCUGUAGUGCUUUAGAUGGUGUAGAGACUCUUGCCAUUACAGAAUCAGUAAAGAAGCUAAAGAGAGCCGUUAAUCUUCCAAAGAGUAAAACUGCUGAUAUGACUUCAUUGUCUGGAGGAGGAGAUACUAGCCAGAGUUCAAUUCGGGGCUCACUGAAUCCUGAAAAUCCUGUUCAAGUAAGCAUGGACCAAUUAACUGCAGCAAUUUAUGAUCUUCUCAGACUCCAUGCAAAUUCUGGUAGGAGUCCUGCAGACUGUGCCCAAAGUAACAGGAACAUCAAAGAAGCAUGGACUACAACAGAACAGCUCCAGUUUACUAUUUUUGCUGCACAUGGAAUUUCAAGUAACUGGGUAUCAAAUUAUGAAAAAUACUACUUGAUAUGCUCCCUGUCUCACAAUGGAAAGGAUCUUUUUAAACCUAUUCAAUCAAAGAAGGUUGGCACUUAUAAGAAUUUCUUCUAUCUUAUUAAAUGGGAUGAACUAAUUAUUUUUCCCAUCCAGAUAUCACAAUUACCAUUAGAAUCACUUCUUCACCUUACUCUUUUUGGAAUUUUAAAUCAGAGCAGUGGAAGUUCCCCUGAUUGUAAUAAGCAGAGAAAGGGGCCAGAAGCUUUGGGCAAAGUUUCUUUACCUCUGUUUGACUUUAAACGGUUUUUAACUUGUGGAACUAAACUUCUAUACCUUUGGACUUCAUCACCUACAAAUUCUAUUCCUGGAACAGUCCCCAAAAAAGGAUACGUCAUGGAAAGAAUAGUGUUGCAGGUUGAUUUUCCUUCUCCUACAUUUGAUAUUAUUUAUACAACUCCUCAAUUUGACAGAAGCAUUAUACAGCAACACAACUUAGAAACACUGGAAAAUGAUAUAAAGGGAAAACUUCUUGAUAUUCUUCACAGGGAUUCAUCACUUGGACUUUCUAAAGAGGAUAAAGCUUUUUUGUGGGAGAAACGUUAUUAUUGCCUCAAAUACCCAAAUUGUCUUCCUAAAAUACUAGCAAGUGCCCCAAACUGGAAAUGGGUUAAUCUUGCCAAAACUUACUCAUUGCUUCACCAGUGGCCUCCAUUGUACCCAUUGACUGCAUUGGAACUUCUUGAUUCAAAAUUUGCUGAUCAGGAGGUGAGAUCUCUAGCUGUGACCUGGAUCGAGGCCAUUACUGAUGAUGAGCUAACAGAUCUUCUUCCACAGUUUGUGCAGGCUUUGAAAUAUGAAAUUUACUUGAAUAGUUCAUUAGUGCGCUUCCUUCUGUCCAGAGCAUUGGGAAAUAUCCAGAUAGCACACAAUUUAUAUUGGCUUCUUAAGGAUGCCCUGCAUGAUGCACAAUUUGGUACCCGGUAUGAACAUGUUUUGGGUGCUCUCCUCUCGGUAGGAGGAAAAGGACUCAGAGAAGAACUUUUAAAGCAGACGAAACUCGUACAGCUUUUAGGAGGAGUAGCGGAAAAAGUAAGGCAGGCUAGUGGAUCAGCCAGACAGGUUGUCCUCCAAAGGAGUAUGGAACGAGUCCAGUCCUUUUUUCUGAGAAGUAAAUGCCGUCUCCCUCUCAAGCCAAGUCUAGUGGCAAAAGAAUUAAAUAUUAAGUCAUGUUCCUUCUUUAGUUCUAAUGCUGUGCCCCUAAAAGUCACGAUGGUGAAUGCUGACCCUAUGGGGGAAGAAAUUAAUGUUAUGUUUAAGGUUGGCGAAGAUCUUAGGCAAGAUAUGUUAGCUUUACAGAUGAUAAAGAUUAUGGAUAAGAUCUGGCUUAAAGAAGGACUAGAUCUGAGGAUGGUAAUUUUCAAAUGUCUCUCAACUGGCAGAGAUCGAGGCAUGGUGGAGCUAGUUCCUGCUUCAGAUACCCUCAGGAAAAUCCAAGUGGAAUAUGGUGUGACAGGAUCCUUUAAAGAUAAACCACUUGCAGAGUGGCUGAGGAAAUACAAUCCCUCUGAAGAAGAAUAUGAAAAGGCUUCAGAGAAUUUUAUCUAUUCUUGUGCUGGAUGCUGUGUGGCCACCUAUGUGUUAGGCAUCUGUGAUCGACACAAUGACAAUAUAAUGCUUCGAAGCACAGGACACAUGUUUCACAUUGACUUUGGAAAGUUUUUGGGCCAUGCACAGAUGUUUGGUAGCUUUAAAAGGGAUCGGGCUCCUUUUGUGCUGACUUCUGAUAUGGCGUAUGUCAUUAAUGGGGGUGAAAAACCCACCAUCCGUUUCCAGUUGUUUGUGGACCUCUGCUGUCAGGCCUACAACUUGAUAAGAAAGCAAACAAACCUCUUUCUUAACCUCCUUUCACUGAUGAUUCCUUCAGGGUUACCAGAACUUACAAGUAUUCAAGAUUUGAAGUAUGUUAGAGAUGCACUUCAACCCCAAACUACAGAUGCAGAAGCUACCAUUUUCUUUACUAGGCUGAUUGAGUCAAGUUUGGGAAGCAUUGCCACAAAGUUUAACUUCUUCAUUCACAACCUUGCUCAGCUUCGUUUUUCUGGUCUUCCUUCUAAUGAUGAGCCCAUCCUUUCAUUUUCACCCAAAACAUACUCCUUUAGACAAGAUGGUCGAAUCAAGGAAGUCUCUGUUUUCACAUAUCAUAAGAAAUACAACCCAGAUAAACAUUAUAUUUAUGUAGUCCGAAUUUUGAGGGAAGGACAGCUCGAACCAUCAUUUGUCUUCCGGACAUUUGACGAGUUUCAGGAACUUCACAAUAAGCUCAGUAUUAUUUUUCCACUUUGGAAGUUACCAGGCUUUCCCAAUAGGAUGGUUCUAGGAAGAACACAUAUAAAAGAUGUAGCAGCCAAAAGGAAAAUUGAGUUAAACAGUUAUUUACAGAGUUUGAUGAGUGCUUCAAUGGAUGUAGCAGAGUGUGAUCUUGUUUGUACUUUUUUCCACCCUUUACUUCGUGAUGAGAAAGCUGAAGGAAUAGCUAGGUCUGCAGAUGCAGGUCCCUUCAGUCCUACUCCAGGUCAAAUAGGAGGAGCGGUGAAAUUAUCUGUUUCUUACCGAAAUGGUACUCUUUUCAUCAUGGUGAUGCACAUCAAAGAUCUUGUUACUGAAGAUGGGGCUGACCCAAAUCCAUAUGUCAAAACAUACCUACUUCCAGAUACCCACAAAACAUCCAAACGUAAAACCAAAAUUUCACGAAAAACUAGGAAUCCAACAUUCAAUGAAAUGCUUGUGUACAGUGGAUAUAGCAAAGAAACCCUAAGACAGAGAGAACUGCAACUAAGUGUACUCAGUGCAGAAUCACUGCGGGAGAAUUUUUUCUUGGGUGGAAUAACCCUGCCUUUGAAGGAUUUCAACUUGAGCAAAGAGACUGUUAAGUGGUAUCAGCUGACUGCUGCAACUUACUUGUAAACCAGUGAAUUUCUGAGCUUUGGAAGCAAGAACAGUUAUAAACAUGUGUGCGCACAUGCACACAUACACACUUAUGAACUUUGUAUAGUAUUUUUAUACUUGGACAGAAAUUAUAAAGUUAAUAUACUUGCUGCAUUUCAACACAUCUGUUGGACCAAGAGUCACAUAACUAACCUUUAUGAAUUUUUGAAAGCCAUUGCUGUUUUAAAGUCAUUAUACUGAAUACUACAAACCCUAAACUUAUAUGUAAGUCCUGAAAAAGACUUUGAGACAGUACUAUAUCAGUUCAGCCACCUAUUUUGCAUCGUUUCCUAUAUGGACAUAGCAUAAUUGUUUUCCUUUUAUGCACCUUUUACAGUCUUUACCACUGUGUAUGUUCACAAACACCAAAGUAAAGGAAAGAUGCAGGAUGUUACCAUAAAAUGCAGCUGCUAUUCACAGGGCUGAAAAGCAAAGCACAAAUAGUAGAUAGCUAGUUAAGAACUACUAACUAGUUUAUAGAAGUAGGGAAGAAAUAAUAUUGCUUUUUAUUCAUGUCUUUGAAGCCUUUGUCAGAAUAAGUGCCAAUCACUGAAGUUGUAAAUAAUGGUGCCUUAACUUUUUAUGCUUCCCUGGCACUUCAUUUCUGACUUUUUUCCUGAUUUGAUAAAUGAUUAGUAAGUAGUUUUCACUCACUUUCAGCUUACUAAACAAGAAAUUAUGUACAUAUACUAGUAUUUUUUCCCCCACAAAAAGAUCAUUUUCUCUACUUCUGAUGUGUGACUUAGUUAUUUAAACAAUCAAGCCAUUUGCUUUAAGUUCUUGUUGCCCAGUACCUAAACAAGAUUCAUCAAUGUAGUUAUACACUAAAUUCCAUCAUUCCAUUAUAACCCUAUAUUUAUUCCCAGGGCUGUUGAAGUGAAAUUUGGUCAUUUCACCUCUAUAUGUCUAUACUCCACUCCCUCAGUAACAAGUGAAAAUUAUUCACCUGUGUGCCCAUUCCUGAGUAGGGCAGACUAUUCACAAGAGACCCAGGACAAGAAUUUUAGUGUCCAGACUGAAUUUUAAUAUAGACCCUUAUGGAAAUUUGUCAUGUAAACUGUCUUACUUACAUUUGUAAACAUUGUACAUUCACAUGAAAGAAUUAUUUUUCUUAAUAUAAUGGGAUUCAGAAUCAUAAGAGAUAGGAUUGCAAUUAUUCUAUAAUAACCAUUGAGAAUAUUAAUUUUUAUUAAUCAACUUUAGACAUGUUUGUUUAAUUUGGGUUAAAACAUAUAUAUAUAUGAAUGAAAUAGAAACUCUCAUGGUUAGAAUAGAAAUUUAGAUACUUUUUAAAUGGUAAUAGAGAUUGUAGCAAACUGGUUGCUGUGAGAAAACUGAUAAAAUACACAAUGAAGAGUACCAAGAGAGAAAGGACAAUCUCAAUUCAGUUGCCUAGCAUAGAAUUUUUAUGAACCGUGCAAAUGUUUAAUGUAAAUGGUGAUACCUGCAGAGCAGAAAUAGAAGAGUUGAUGAGAAUGUAUCAGUUGGACAGAUUAGAGAAAAAAAAAAACUUGAAAUUUUUGGUGCCUAACACUAAUGGUCCAUUUGUAGUUAAACCUAUGAGUAUGAUAUAUGUCUUUUUUUAAUGUUAAAAUGUGUUGUCUAUUUAAUAAGUUAAUUAAAAUGCAGAUCAAAGCACCACCAUUUGCUUUUUCCUCAUACAGUUAACAUUUCCUUAAGGUGUGUAAGUAGCUUUGCAAAUGCACUAGAAAUUUUCACUUAAGCUUUUGAGACCUAAUUCCAUUCCAUGAGUUGUCACUUAGCCACUGUUAAAAAAAAAAAAAAAAAGUACUGUCUUGGUAAACGGUCAUUGUCAAUUGGACUCAACAUGUACUGCCUUUUUACAGUCUGUUACAGCAGUGUCUUAGCACAAAUAAUAGAGCCUAGAAUAUGUGAUGUCACUUUUUAAUAAGAAAUCUGGAUUCAUAUCUAAAAGUGUAUAUUAUGAUUAAUACUGUACAGUUAAGAGUUCAGAACAAGUGGUAAUGUUUUCUCUUAAUUUAACUCAUUUUGUGCCUUCUUUGGUCAUUAAAACACACAUAUAUUUUACAUAUAGUUUAAUAUAAGUUGUUUCUUUGUGAAACGCUAAUCUUCAGCCCAUACCAAAAAAAAAAAAAAAAAAGGAGAGACUCUUUGCACUACUACAUUAUCAAUCAAUUGUAAAUUAGUUGGAUUUUUAAGCUUUUUUUUUAAAGCUUACGUUACAGUAAAUCUGAAAAACAAAAGUUUAAACAAACUGGCCAAGACACUAAUUUUUAUGUAUAAUCACAAUAUUUUAUACUUGUCUUCAUUGACUAAAAAUAAUUAUGCUACAUGUAAGUCCUGCACCAGAAGAAUUCUUUCUUCUUGCCAGUGUUUUGGGAUUUGAAGAUAAUGGUUCACUCCAAGAACCUAUUAUUUUCUCUACUGAGGAACCCAAUGUAGAACUUGCACUGACGUUUUUAUAACUGCCUUUAUAUAAAUCUGUAGGUAUCUAAAUGUUAAGGCAUGUAUGAUCUUUGAUAAAGUAUUCCUUUUUUCAAAUUAUAGUUGUAUAAAAGUUUCAAUAUCUUGCCUUAAAUUGGUUGAUUGUUCUUUCUAGGAUUCAAGUAUUGUGGCAUUUAAGAAAAAAAAAAUUCACUUUUGAUACUUAGACUUCAGUUGAAAAAGGACUGAAGCCCCACUAUCAUAAUAGAUUUACUUACAUGUUGUUUGACUAGCAGUGCAAAUAUGAAUGAAUAUGGAAAUUAGUCUCAGCUAUAAGAACCAAAAUACUUUAAUUAUAUUAAGGUAGUGAAUAAAGAUGUAUAAUAUUUUUAUUAAUACCUUGAAUAUAUUCAGUGAAUUGAAUGUGACUUUAUAACUGUACUACAAUUGUAUUAAAAUAUUUCUGGAAUA